GGCGCGCCUCCCCUCAGUCAACCGACCGUGGUGCAGUCCUGCUGCUCUGAAAAAACGAAGGAUUUCACCAAGGCUUUUAACCUCAUCAUUUAACACCUUCUGUCAAGACCGACAAGAGAAGCGAACCUCUAAAAGGCCCUGAGGGACUGAGAGGGCUGCAGCCAUGUCAGGCUCCUACGACGACUCCAUGAUGGAUGUCUCCAGCGACAGCUUCUGGGAGGUGGGGAACUACAAGAGGACGGUGAAGCGCGUGGACGACGGCAACCGCCUGUGUAACGACCUGAUGAACUGCCUCCACGAGCGCGCCCGCAUCGAGAAGACCUACGCCCAGCAGCUCACAGAGUGGUCCAAGCGCUGGAGGCAGCUGAUCGACAAAGGCCCUCAGUACGGCACCCUGGAGCGGGCGUGGGGGGCCCUGUGCACGGAGGCGGAGAAGGUGAGCGAGCUGCACAUGGAGGUGAAGGCGGCUCUCAUGGGGGAGGACUUUGAGAAGCUGAAGAACUGGCAGAGGGACGCCUUCCACAAGCAGAUGAUCGGGGGCUUCAAGGAGACCAAGGAGGCCGAGGACGGCUUCCGCAAGGCCCAGAAGCCCUGGGCCAAGAAACUCAAAGAGGUGGACACCACCAAGAAGACCUACCACACGGCCUGUAAGGAGGAGAAGCUGGCCACCAGCCGGGAAAACAACAGCAAGCUGGAGAACAACAACAACCCAGAGCUUCAGAAGAAGCUGCAGGAUAAGGUGGAGAAAUGUCAGCAGGAGGUGCAGAAGUCCAAGGAGCGCUAUGAGAAGUCUCUGGAGGAGCUGGACAAGGUGACUCCUCAGUACAUGGAGAACAUGGAGCAGGUGUUUGAGCAGUGGCAGCAGUUUGAGGACAAGCGGCUCUGCUUCUUCAAAGAGCUCCUGCUGGAGGUUAAACAGCACCUGGACCUCUCCACCAAUCACAAGUUCCAGACAGUCUACCACACGUUGGAAGACACCAUCUCCGCCGCCGACGCAGAGGAGGACCUGAAGUGGUUCCGGUCCAAUCACGGUCCAGGCAUGCCCAUGAACUGGCCCCAGUUUGAGAAUGUGGACUGCUCCAAAUCCCGCUUCCAUAAGAGAAGGUCCAUUGUAGAUUGGUCCAUAGACCUGAAUCGCAGCCUGAGCCGACGAGAGAAGAAGAAGCCUACUGAUGGGGUCACGCUGACGGGCAUCAGCCAGACCGGAGAGCAGCAGGCUAAGAGCAGCAGCAGCCUGACGGUGCCCGCUAGCACAGCGCCCGCGGGCUCCAACCCGUUCGAGGACGACGAGGAUGACGAGGAGGAGGAAGAGGCCGCCGUAGAGGAGAGGACGUUGGACAACGGCAGUCCUCUGCUUGUCAAAAAAGAGGAGGGGAAAAUCGCCAGCAGCAUGGAGAAGACACAGGAUUGGUCGGAUGAGGAGACGGGCGGGAACCCUUUCUCCGCCGACACCAAUGGCGACGGGAACCCGUUUGAGGAGGAGCCGACGUCCCCGCUGGUGUCGGUGCCGGUCCGAGCCCUGUACGACUACGAGGGACAGGAGCAGGACGAGCUGAGCUUCAAAGCAGGGGAGGACUUCAUCAAGGUAGGAAACGAGGAUGACCAGGGUUGGUGCAAAGGCCGUCUGAAGGGAGGGCAAGUAGGCCUCUACCCAGCCAACUACGUCGAAGACAUCCAGUAAGGCACGGGGAUUCACCAGAAGAGAAGGCCGAACCUGGAUGAACAAAGAGAAGAGAGGGGAGAGUAAAAUGGGUGUGGAUUGUGAGUUGGGCACAGCGCCCCUGCCUGUCACUCACCCCCUUGUGGUAGAGACUGGACCUGCAACUGCUUUCUCUAGGAUUGGGGCAGAUGAGGGGUUGCAGAUUAACGACAUCACCUCCAAUAGCAUUGGUCUCUCGAUUUCUCCCACUUAAAGGUGAUGACCUGGUCAUUGUUUCUUAAACGUCCAUUCAAGCUGUUACAGAACAAAAAGUGGUUUAAUAUGUUAUCCUACAAAGUAACAAUUUAUAUGUAUAACUAAUAUGUGCUUUACCAAGUGCAAAAAAGUAGCACACUUGAAUGCCAUUCUAACAAGUCUUUGGAGCAAAAGGAUAGGCAGACCCACUUGCUUAGUUUUUUUCAAUGUUUAUGAAACCGCUUCCAACCAUUGAUUCCUUUAUUUAUUUUAGAUUUAUAAAAAAAAGGAUAAUGAACUGAUUAAGCCAAUCAAAGUUGUCCUUGUCUGUUACUAUACACAGUACAACCAUGUUUGGUGUGUAAUGUUGGACUGUGGAAAAUUGUCAGAAAAUAGGGUGACUGCAUAUUGGUGGUCUCUUGGUUUUUAGUGUUUUUGGAAUGACCAUUAUUUAGGUAAAAUUGAAUCAUGUGAGAAUUAUAUUUUUUAAUACUGGAAUCUACAAACUAAUUUGGUCCUUGGCUUGAUCCCCAAAUUAUAGGUGCCAAUUUUUCCCCCCCAAGUAUCACUAGGUUAAAUAACAUCAAACUCCUACUUUUGGGGAGUCUUGACGAUUUACUUGUUAGUUCAUUUUUUACCGUCUUUGGUGAAGUAUAAGUGUCUGAUGCCAAUUCUUUUUAUUACUCACAACUGUUUAACAAUUUGGCACCAUGUCAUUAGAUGUCAUCCAGUUUCAAUGCUUUUGUUUUGUUUUUUGUUUUGUUGCCAGCUUGCCUCUACCCUUCACCUUAAUCUGAUUGUACACUCACUGAUUGUAUCGGCUCACCUAUUGAUUGUACUUGUGUUUGCAGAUAAACUUCAGUAUCUGUGACACUCACCUCACUGAAUAACUGUGCCUAAUCCUGUACUCACUCAAAUCACUUCACUUUCUCUCAGUGGCCUAUGCGUCUUUGAAUAUAAUUUUUUUCUUUUCUGUUUUUUUGUUUUUCUAGUCUGAAUGUUUUGGGGGUAAAAGGUUUCUCACUUGAAUCUCAGAGCUUUAUCCAAGCUUGCACUGGAUGUCAAAUGCGAAGUUUUGGUAGAAUAUUCUUCGGCCUCCUUUGAAUACAUUGUUACAAGUUAUGCAAUAACAAAACAAAGCUUGUAUGAUCUUUCACAUGUGAAAGAUUAUAAUGGGAGGAAUUUUUGCAUGUAAAUAGAAAGAUGUAGGAACAAAGCAUAAAGGAGGUUUUCAUGCGGUUUUAGUUACAAAUCGAUGACUGUUAAUUUAUAAUAUGCCUUAAGAGCUUUUGUUUUUGCUUGUUAGACAAAGGCUGUGAUUCUAAAAAACAUUUGUACAAUAAUUGAAUGUUUUAUGGCAAGUGUCAUGCUGUUUUGUUACAUUUGUAAAUAUAUCUCUUAUUUCCCCUAUCUCAUAGGGCCAUAUAGAUCAUUUACCAAUUUAUCAAUAAGAUGAAAAUGAUCUCCAUGUUAUUUUUCUGAAAAUUAUUUUAGCAAGUAUGUGAAUUAUUCAUUCAUACAUUAACACAACCCCUUUCAACUACCAGUUUAUCAACUAUUUAAUAAGAGGACAUGUUCUUGACAUAUGUGUUUGCUAUAAAUGAGUUUAUUACAGUGUACUUACGGUUGAUGUCCUGGAAAUAUGACCUUUAUUAGAUGCCUGUAGCCACUCGAGCAAUUGAAAAUGUGAGAAAACGUUUUGCCAUGUGAUUCAGGACAUGUCAGUAAGACAAUAUACAGACAGAAUAUUUACUUGCACAAUUUAGUUUGUAAAUUUUUGUCCAAAACAGGAAAUAUAAAUAUAUUAAACACAAAUAUAAAGGAUUGUAA